AUGGUUGCCGACGCCGUCAUUUACCACCCUACGUUUGCCAAGUUAAUCAAGUUCUUGGACAGUACCCCCAAGAGGGAGAAGGCCUUCCGUUUGGUGGCAUACUUGUCCAGAUUCUUAGGAUACUACCUCGCCCGCAAGGGAUACCCAGCCGAGUGGGUCAGACUCUUCAAGGACUUGAAGAGCAACGUCACCUUCAUUAGAAAGGGUAUGAGAUUCUUGAAGCCGUUGAACCACCUUCAGACCGCGGCCCAGACCUACGACAACAAAUUGUUGGACCCUGUGUUGAGAUCCACCACCGUGCUCAGAAACUUGAGUUACGCCGCAUACUUGGGGUUGGACUCCAUCACGUUCUUCAAGUUGUUGGGCAUAGUGGACAAGAAGCGUUUCCCCACCGUGUCCACCUGGGGCUCCAGAUUCUGGUUGCUCGGGUUGAUUGCUGGUCUCAUCAACUCGGUGCACACCAUCAGCACAUUGAACAAAUACAAGUCUGAACAGGAGAAGCCCGAGCAGAAGGAAGCCGUUGACAAGAAGAUCUACAAGGCUAAGAGAAAGUGGGUCUGGGACCUCUUGGACGCUUUCGUCGCCCUUAACUCCUUGGACUACUUGCACUUUUCCGAGGGUGACGUUGGUUUGGCUGGUACCGUCACCUCCCUCAUGGGUUUGUCUGACUUGUGGGCUGCCACUUGA